UUCAAUCUCUACGGUCCAAAAGGAGUCAAAUUCUGUCUUGGCGCGGCCCCGCCGAGAUAUGGCGCUUCGAGAGCGCCGCCUUUUCUUUCUUCGUCGCCUCUUCUCCUCGUCUUCCUCUCCUGCCAGCGUUCCCCUCCUCUGGAGAUCCGAAAAUGAAGAACUUGGUGGGGAAUCAACCGUCGAGAUCCUCUCAUGGGGUAGAGGCAGUUCAGGCCAGCUUGGCGGCGGAAAAGAGGAGAUACGCUUCUACCCGACCCCCGUAGCUUCUCUCCGUCUUCCGAAGGGAUUCCGCCUUUCCCCCACCUCCGGUCGACUCGACUUUUACAAUGUUUCAGCCGCUGGUGACGGUGGCGCCGAUGUAGAGGUGGGCAUCUCAUGCGGAUUGUUCCACUCGUCAGUUCUGGUUAAUGGGCGGUUCUGGAUAUGGGGCAAGGGUGAUGGAGGGAGGCUUGGCUUUGGGCAUGAGAAUCCGGUCUUUGUUCCGACUCCUAAUCCUAACCUGGACGAGGUCCGGUGCAUCGCCCUGGGUGGCCUUCAUUCUACUGCGCUCACCCGUUCCGGCGAGGUUUUCACAUGGGGUUAUGGUGGAUUUGGAGCGUUAGGCCAUUCUGUCUAUCACAGGGAGCUUCUACCUAGACUUGUGGAGAGUACUUGGAUGGGAAAAAUAUCCCAAAUUGCUACUAGUGGCGCUCAUACUGCUGUUAUUACUGAUUCAGGCUUAUUUGGUAACAUAUUCACAAGGCAAUUAAGGCUUCCCGGAUAUCAACUUCUGUCGGUGAUUAGUGCAAUUAUGGCUUCUGCAUCUAAUGGAUUCCCUUGUACAUUAGAUUCAUAUUCAA